AAUUCGUAGGAUCCAAACAGGCCUUACACAUCUUUCUUUAAGUCUUAUAACCCAGUCUUGUGUGUGAGACACAAGGUUCAUCGCGUACAAAAGUAGUCACAGACAUAUCUCCCCUCUGUUCCGAGAAGCAAACAGAGGCCGAAGCCAAAGAUGACGAGGACUACGCAGCUCGUCGCCGCCAUCGCGGUUUCCUUCCUGUCAGCGGCGGCCGCGUCCAACACCACCACGUCACUCCAAAGCCUCGUCGCCGAAGUGUCGCAGUGGCGGGAAAUCCACCUGGGCGGCGGCGCGGCGGCGGCGCAUGGCGUCCGGCCGAGCACCGUCGUGGCGUGGGCGCUCUCCUUCCUGGCCGCGUCCGUGUCGAGCGCCGGCGGCGUGGGCGGCGGGUCGCUGUUCCUGCCCAUCCUGAACCUGGUGGCGGGGCUGAGCCUGAAGCGCGCCACUGCCUACUCGUCCUUCAUGGUCACCGGCGGCGCGGCCUCGAACGUGCUCUACAACCUCGCCUGCACGGGCGGCGGCGGGAGAGGGAGGCUGAUCGACUACGACAUCGCGCUACUGUUCCAGCCGUGCCUGCUCCUGGGCGUGAGCAUCGGGGUGGUGUGCAACGUCAUGUUCCCGGAGUGGCUCAUCACCCUGCUCUUCUCCCUGUUCCUCGCCUUCUGCACAGCCAAGACGUGCCGCGCGGGGGUCAAGAUCUGGCGGUCCGAGAGCAGCGGGUGCGGGUCCGGGGCUAGGUCCUCGCGCGGUGGACACAGCCACAGCAAGGAGCCCCUGCUGCCCCGCGGCACCAGCGACGGCGACGCCGAGGGCGGCGGCGGAAAUGGCGCGGGGUUCCCGUGGGGAGACGUGGCUCUGCUUGUCAUCAUCUGGCUCUGCUUCUUCGCCCUCCAUGUCCUCAUUGGCGAUAAGCACGGGAAGGGCGUGAUCAGGAUUAGGCCCUGCGGCGUCGCGUACUGGCUGAUCACCUUCUUCCAGCUACCUGCCGCUGUGGCUUUCACAGGGUAUAUUGUAUACGCCAAGAGGAAGAAACGCGCUGUUCAUAGCGAAAGCCAAGAGGACGGCAGCAAGGCAGACCUUGCGGACGCAGGAGUGGAAGCCUUGCCACUACCUACACUACCUCUCGCCGCUUUCGUCACCGGGGCUCUGAGCGGCCUCUUCGGCAUCGGAGGAGGGCUGCUUCUGAACCCUGUCCUUCUUCAGAUCGGAAUUCCCCCGCAGACCGCGGCAGCGACGUCUUCGUUCAUGGUCCUGUUCUGUGCGUCCAUGUCCAUGGUCCAGUUCAUCCUGCUGGGCGUGGAAGGCGUCGGGCAGGCCUGCGUUUACGCCGGGGUAUGCUUCGCCGGCUCGGUCGCGGGGGUCGUCGUGAUCGAGCGAGCCGUCAGCAAGUCUGGCCGGGUCUCGCUCAUCGUGUUCCUCGUCACCGCCAUCAUGGCGCUCAGCGCUGUCAUCGUCACCUGCUUCGGAGCGUUAGACGUCUGGAUGCAGUACACCACCGGGGAAUACAUGGGCUUCAAGCUACCUUGCUGACAUCUUGCUCGGUGUUAUGGGCUUCGUUUUGGUUUUGCGUUUGUGCUCUUCACCUUGUAAUGUCUGGAAAGAGAGGCCGGAGUAGGACUGGUUGUGCAUGGGCACUCAUUGUAAUUUCCAAUUUUCAGGUUUUAUAUAGUGUGAAUUGUCA